CGGCGGUUGGCGCGGCCGAGCCUGGGCGGCGACCAUGACCGAGGAGGGCGCGGAGCCCUUGACCGAGGAGGGCGCGGCGACCAUGACCGAGGAGGGCGCGGCGACCAUGACCGAGCAGGGCGCGGCGAUGCAGGACUACAACAACCAGCUGAUCAAGGGCAUGGAGGUCCUGUGCCAGAGGCGGAACAAGUUGUGCCGGCAGAUCCAGAAGGAGGAGAAGGAGAAGCAGCGGCUGCAUAAUCAGUUGAGGCGGUUGACAGAGAAGCUGGCCCUAGUCAACGAGAAUCUGGCAUGCAAGAUCGCCUCUUACAAAGAGCUUGACCGGACCAUCACAGAGUCUGAGGCUGCCUUCUUCAAGAUCCUGGAGAGCUCACAGGCUCUGCUUAGUGUUGUGAAGAGGGAAGCCGGGAACCUGAGCAAAGUCAUGGCCUCAGAGCAGGAGAUCAUUGAAGAGAAGGACAGUUCAUGAAGCCACAGGUGGAGAGGGGCCUGUCUCCACUGCAGCCAUUAAUGGUUUGGCCCCUAGCAAGUCUGUCUUCACAGUGUCUGUUUUUCAUGACAGGAGGUAACUUCUUUCACUGUCUCAGGUGCCAAGGGAGGCAGCUGCCAGCCUCCAUUGGCCCUGAGUGACAAGAAAAGCCCUGGGCGCAGCCCACCAGGUGGGAGUCCUGGCCCUGUGCUCACUCAGGCUACAGGGAGGGCGAGCUCGGGGCCAGCUCCACUUGGGGCCUCUCUGAGGUCCCCAUACUCCCCUCGGCUGUAGGUAAGGCCCUGGUUAGGGGAGUUCCUUCACCUUGUCCCUUGGCCAGCAGGUGCCCAGGCCUGGUGAGUGGGGGAGGGGCUGGGCCCCUCCUUCACCUUAGAGCUUGUCCUUGUGGUCUGUGACUGUCAAUAAAGGUUGUCUUUGUAAAGAUC